CUCUCCUUUCGCAAUGAGCGAUCAGAAGCCGAAUAUGGGGCGCAUUGUCGCCAGCGUCGUGGAUGUGCAGCAGUUGAUGACAAUGCAGUUUGACUCGCUUAUCAAAAGCAUGGACUCGUUGAAGAUUGAGCACCAGACCGGCGUCACCCAGCUUCGCGAUGAUAUUCGUCGAUCCGAGGAUCGGUUUCAGAAGCAGUUGUCCGAUUUGAGCACUAAUCACGGAAAAGAGCUCGAGAGACUUCAUCAAAUUAUACACACUCUUCUUGCUCGUGAUGCGAAUCCUCUCGGCUCAAUGAUUCCUCCACAGCAGCUUCAGCAACAACAGCAAAUGUUGAUUCUUCAGCGACAAAUGGAGAUGGCUCAUGUGCAGGCAGCACAAGCUCAAGCUCAUGCUCACGCUCAAGCUCAAGCCCAAGCACAGGCCCAAAGCCAAGUUAUGGCUAAUUUGCUCAAUGCUGCGAAGCCAGCUAUUCCCGUUACACAGCCACUGGUCGCCACUACAGCACAAGCAAAAUCGACAGUUCCAGCUUCUGGAGUUAUUGCACCAAAGACAUCUCCACCAGAAGUUGUAAUUCCACCUGCUAAGCCAACAUUCUCUACUCCAACGCCUGCAGUUGUUCCAAAGCCAGCCACCACCGGAUUCUCAUUCGGCGGGACCAAUCCAGCUACUUCAAUCUUCGGUAAAAAGCCUGAAACUGCUUCCCCAGUCGUGGUUCCAGCAGCUAAAGAUGAUGAAGACGAAGAACAUGAUGAGGAUUACGAGCCAGAGGGCGAGUUCAAGCCAGUCAUUCCACUGCCAGAUCUUGUCGAGGUGAAAACUGGAGAAGAAGGAGAGCAAACCAUGUUCUGCAAUCGUUCAAAACUCUACAUUUAUGCCAACGAGACGAAGGAAUGGAAGGAGCGAGGAACCGGCGAGCUGAAGGUUCUCUACAACAAGGACAAGAAGUCGUGGAGAGUUGUUAUGCGACGAGACCAGGUGACCAUUUCGGAGGAGACACUCCCUUCAAAUAUUGAGAAUGGAACCGAAGAAUUGUGUUGGAAUAUUCAGGUUCUCAAAGUCUGUGCCAAUUUCCCAAUUCUCGGCUCGAUGACCAUUCAACAAAUGAAAUCCAACGAGAAGGCCUACACAUGGUUCUGCGAGGACUUUUCCGAAGAUCAGCCAGCUCACGUGAAGCUUUCCGCUCGUUUCGCUAACGUCGAUAUCGCUGGAGAGUUUAAGACUUUGUUCGAGAAGGCUGUCGCUGAGGCAAAAUCAUCGAGCAACGCUGGAAAGACCAUCGACAAGGAAAUCAAGCCGGCGGCUGAGGUGAAGAAGGAAGUCAAGCAAGAAGUUGUGAUUCCAUCAAACAACAAACCGGAAGAGACUGGAUUUGGAGAUCAGUUCAAGCCAAAACCAGGAUCUUGGGAAUGCCCUGGAUGCUAUGUUACUUGCAAAGCUGACGAGAUUGAAUGUGCCUGUUGUGGGACAUCGAAAGACGGAUCUGUCAAAGAGAAAAAUAUAUUCUCUAAACCUUCGAUCCUCCAGCCUGCCCCAGGAACUCCAAAAGUGACAUUCGGAUUCGGAGCAUCUGCUCCAGCCAAGGAACCUCUUGCUCAAACAUCUCAGUUCGGUGGAUCACUCAGCGGAUCUCCAAGCACUAGCAGUAGCAUUUUCGGUGGUGGAACACCAAAGGGAACAAGCGUUUUCGGUGGAGGUGCUGCUAAUACUCCAACUUUCUCAUUCAACAAGCCAGCUGCCGCUGUCAAUGCAACUACCCCAUCGUUCAAUUUCAACAAUCCUGCAGCUUCAACUGCUUCUCCGGCAACCUCUACGACUCCAGGAAAUUCAUUGUUCGGAGGUGGACUCUCCAAGACUGAAUCUACAGCUUCUUCAACUACUACUCCGUCGUUUAUGUUCGCCAAGAAUUCUGAAAGUGCCUUCCCAAAGCCAACUUUCUCAUUCGGAAAGCAACAGACUCCAUCAACGACUGCACCAGCUAAACAAGAAGAAAAUAAACAGUCCGAGACGCCAAAAUCCGUGUUCGGUAGUGGAUUCACGUCUGGAGGUGCAACAUUCGCUGCCCUUUCAGCCAACUCUGCCAAAUCUGGCUCCAUUUUCGACGCAGCAAAUGUCAAGAAGGCCCAAGAAGAACUUGCUGCUCAGAAGAAGGCAAGCAUUUUCGGGAGCAAGAACACCACGUUGAACACGACUUCUGCAACUUCACACGAUGGUGAUGAGACGAAUGAGGAUGGAGAUGGGGAGUAUGAGCCAGAAGUCGAGUUUAAGCCAGUUAUUCCUCUUCCGGAUUUGGUUGAGGUGAAAACUGGUGAAGAGGACGAGGAGGUCAUGUUCUCCGCCAGAUGCAAGCUUUAUAAGUACUAUUCGGAUCUCAAGGAGAAUAAGGAACGUGGACUCGGAGAUAUUAAGCUCCUGAAAAGCAAUGACAACAAAUAUCGAAUCGUGAUGCGUCGUGAGCAAGUCCAUAAGCUCUGUGCCAAUUUCCGUAUCGAAAAGUCGAUGAAGCUCAGUCCGAAGCCAAACUUGCCAAAUGUGCUCACAUUUAUGUGCCAGGACUUCUCAGAAGACGCCUCCAACGCUGAUCCAGCCAUCUUCACCGCCAAAUUCAAGGACGAGGCGACCGCCGGAGCAUUCAAGACGGCUGUUCAGGAUGCUCAAUCGAAGAUGUAAUCCUCUGCUGAUUAUUUAAAUUAUUUUAUUAUUGUUAUUCCUCCCCACCCAGCACUCUGUGUUAGUAUUCCCCACCACCAAUUUUAUUUAUGAACCUAGUUUUAUUCAUCCCCAUCUGCUGUCAUCUAUAGUCCUUUAAGUGUAGUUUAUAUUUGUCUGGUAAGGUUUUUAAAAAAAUAAUUUCCUUAUUUCCCCCCCAUCUCUCUCAAAAUCCCAUUGUUCUCAUAAGUACCCCCCACACACUAUCAUUCAUAAUUUUUGUCUUUAAAACUUAACUAUAUUGUUCACAUUGUCCCGGCAUCGAUUUUUCCCCACUGGUGACAAUCCAAUAAAUUGUGAAUGCAUUG